CUAUCGGGGACGGGGCGUUCGCUGCCGUCGCUAGCUGUCGUCCGGAGUGCGGCUGUGUGCGGGUGUCUAGCUUAUUGAAGAUUAUUCCUAGUAGCUGCCUCCUUAUAAGUCUCCCAGUAACUGCCUUCUUAAUUGCGUACUGUAGCGAAUAUAAUGUGUAUCGACGGAGUAUGCGGUCUGCGGGGGAGUACCUGGACGGAGACGGGGCGGCGCACUCAAUGAUGAGAAUCUGCGUCUCACGGCGUCGGAGGUUGAUGGAUUGAUGCCGGCCGAAUGCUAGCUAUCCGUUUCCUCCGCGCCCAUGCGCAGGCCGUCUCUUUUCCCGACCGCCCAUCUCGCCCCACGGAGCGCACCGUGAAGUGAAUGCGCCUCCGGGACGCCGCCAGCCAUGCUCGACGACCGCCACAUCCGUGACCGCCCCUCCCUCCCCGCCAUCGGCGUCCUCACCGGUAACCAUCUCGACCUCUCCCCGCCCGCCAAUCUCGUCUCCCAACGCCCAGAAUUCAAUCUCCUCGUCGCAGGAUGCUCAGGGGGCAAGUCGUCCUUCCUCCGCCUGCUCGCGGACACGAGCGAGAUCGCGUCCGGCACCACCCAGGACCAGGUCGCCCACCUGGCCAAGUUCGUCCAGACCUGCGCCGCGCCGACCACCCAGCUGCGCGUCGCCUCCCUCGACGUCGAGCCCGAAACGGGCGCCCCACCGAUCGCGCUCGGCCUCGUUGACACCCCCGCCCUCGACGCGCGCGACACCCCAGCAGCCGAGCGCGUGCUCGCGGACAUCGUGCGCUUCAUCGACACUCGGUUCGCGGAAGCUGUGGAAGACCGCGAUGCUAGGCGGGCGGCCAGCGGCGAUCAGUUUAUUCAUCUAUGUAUUUAUUUCCUCGACCCCGACCUCAUUGUGCCGCCAGCCGCUGCCUCGAGGGCGUGCAGACCAGGAUUCCCACAGCUGGAGCCUGAUGCGGUACUUCUCGAUCCGUCGGGAGGGAGUCCAUUGCCUGCGCGUCCCUCUCUACCUCGCGGCGACAUCCUCGCUAUCAAGAACCUCUCGGCGCGCGUCAAUGUCCUGCCUGUCAUCUCGCGUGCAGACGUGCUUUCAAACGCGCGGCUGGCGACUAUCAAGGCCGCUGUCCGCAAAGACCUCGCAGACGCGGGUAUUGGCUUUGGUAUCUUCGACGAAUAUGCCGCACAAGACACUGCUGCGGCGGCCGAUGCACUCCAGCCUGAACUUAUCGCCUCGUCGCGGGCGUCACCACCGACGCCAAUCCCGCGACUGCCGUACGCGCUAAUAUCUCCUGAUAUUUACGCCCAUAGCGACGGCGUACAGCGCGUGCAGCCAUCUCGUCAUGACCUCAUUGAGCAAUAUAGGCCUUCACUGCUGUCGCGACCCAAGCUACUGGCGGGCAAGUACGUGCGCGCAUACCGUUGGGGCUACCUCGACGUCCUCGACCACAAGCACUGCGACUUCAUGGCGCUCCGAGGCGCGAUUUUCCACCACAUGGAGACGCUGCGGAAAUACACGCGCGACUACCUCUUCAAGCAGAACGUGGUGAACUACCGAAGGUCGGUGCACGCAAAUCCGAUUGCGCCACAACCACCGCCCGCGGGCAGCAGGCCGGCGCUGGCGGUGAAUACGGGGGCGGUUGCACAGCCGCCCUUGGCGCAUCAUGCGUCGAUGGUCGACGUCGGGCGGGCGGUAGAGGAUGUGCAUCUGCCCGCGCGCUCGUUGUCGGACUCGCUGCCUACUGCGCGCGCGCUGGCAGAUGCAGUUCCUGGGCCGUCUACGAAGACGGAGAGCCGUGGACACCUUCGCUCGAAGCCGAGGAAGAUCACGAUUGCGUGCAACUUCUGCCGAUCUCGAAAACUCAAAUGCGAUGGCGCACGGCCGGGCUGUGGACAGUGCGAAAAGCGGUCGCACACCUGCGAGUACAGUGCGACUCAGCGGCGGCGGUCAGGGCGCCCCAAGGCGGCAGACGAGCUGAGCGACAGCGAUAGCGUGGGAGAGCCGUCCGUGUUGGGCGAGGCGCCAGUUAUGGGCGAGCCAUCAGGCGACCUUGACAACAAACAGAUCCAGCUGUCACCCGGAGCGCCACCAUCCCGAAGGCAAUCUAACGCCGCGGAUCAGCAGCACCCGGCGCGGAGGGCGAGCAACGCCGCCGAGCGGAGGGCCUCGAACGCCACGGAGCAGCAGCAGCGCGCGUACGACCACAGUCCGCACAAUGCGUACGACGGGCCAACGCUGCCGCCCAUCACCGCGCUCGCGCGCAGCGACAAGGGCUUCCCGCCCUCGAUGCAGGACGGCAAGGGCUUCAACCCGAUGCAGAUGCAGGAGAACGGGUUCGCGCUGCCGCGGGGGCCGCCCGGGAGGAGCAUGUUUCCGGACAAUGAAUUGCCGCAUAUCGAGACGCUGCUCCCGCGGGGAUCGCCGCCGUCGCAGGAGACGCGCUCCGCGCCGGGGAUGCGGGGGAUGGGCGCGGGCGGGCUGCCGCUGAUGGUGAGGGACGCGCCCGGGCAGGGGAUGAGGGGGGAGCAAGCGAUGCGCGAGCGCGAGCUGCAGACGAGGCCGCCGGAUUCGCGGGAGCAGAUGCAGGCGCCGCCAGCGAGGAAGCGGGCGGCGACUGUGCCAGGCAAGUCGGGCACUGGGCGAUUGACGUCGUCAGGCCCGAAGGUGGUUGCCUGCGACCUCUGUCGAUCUCGCAAGACGAAAUGCGACGGUGGCAUGCCGUCCUGCUCGAGCUGCGCGCGCAAGUCGCUGCCGUGUCACUACGCGAACGACCGACGGCAGUCCAACGGCGCCAAGCGCGCUCCGCGAAAGGGCACCGCGUCCAAGGCGCCCACGGAAGCGUCUGGCUCUCCACCCGCCCAAGCCGACGAAGACGCGAACCAUCGUCCCCUUUCCGGCCUCCACUCUCCCCCACAUCCCCUCAAGCGCCCCAUCGACGUCCUCGACACCAUGCGCCCGCCGAAGAAAAUGAAGACCGAUGUGUCUGUCAACGCGCUCGCGGAGGUGCCGCCGGUCGGGGUGGGGCCCUGACUUGGUGGCGCGCAAGUUUGAGAGUCAAGCGCGCGACUCCCUCUUUGUGGCGCCCACGCGCACCUCCACGAUGUUAUAUCUCCUAUGCUAUAGCCUACUUCUCUCUUGGGGACUUUGGACACGUUCGUUGGCUCGGUGCGCCCGUGCUUUGUAUAUCCUGACGUGGUGCUUCUCUUCUUUUCCUUCUUCCUUUCUCCCUCCCUCCCAAUCAACCUUACCCUACCUUGGUCGCGUUACCCUGUCGCGCUACCUCACAAAUCCGUGGUUCGCCAUUCCUCCCCGGCGCACCACUUC